AUGACACUUUCCUGGCGCUGUGGCCCGUCCUUUGGAGUGUGGGGUGUGGUCAGGCUGAAUGAUGCUGGUGAACAUCCCCGCACAGCCAAGUCAAAGGAGCUGACUGGAAGGUCUCAUGGAAUCUUCCAAGACCUCGUGGUGAACACCAGGAAAGGGUUGAAGCAUGUCAAAGAUUCAAAGAGAGGGACGGAGGGCAAGGUGAUAUGUCUGCAGACAAACCAUUACCAAGUGACUUGUGACUGUAAAAUCGCAUUCAAGUACAGCAUCAACUACAAACCAGACAUAAAGGACAUAAAUAUCCGCACAAAUUUACUGCUUAAACAUCAGUCUGUACUUGGCAAGUGCCAUAUAUUUGACGGAAACUCGUUGCUGUUACCUCACAGGCUGGAGCAUUUGGAAAUGGAGCUUGUCAGCAAGACAGAAGCAGGUGACAUAGUGUUAAUCCGUAUCCAGCUUUGCGGUGAGCUCCACCCCAAUCAUCCCGACUGGCUUCGCUACUACAACAUCCUCUUUAGAAGAACACUGAAGCUGUUGGACUUGGAACAGAGCGAUUCCAAUCUCCAAGAACUUCAACAGCAGCUUCAGUUAUCAAGGUUUGAGAAAAACGAGGAGGGGGGAUGGUGGUGUAAACCGGUUCAUCCCCUUCACAUGCCCAUAGAUGAGGUUGGAGUUGGGGUGGACCUGGGUGGUAGCUGGGUUGGCCAGCCCACCAGCUCUCCAUCAUCCUCACUACCCAGAAUGAGCAUCCAGCGCACCUACAACACUUCCAUCCUACCGUACGAGAACAGACUGACCCUGUGUGCUGACGUGACACACAAGCUGUUCCACGAUAAAACUGUGCAUGAUUUUAUACUUGAGAAGAGCAUUAAUAGGAAGAGUAAGAUGAUGAAGAAACAGAUCUCUGAAAAGAUAACAGGAUCCAUUGUUCAUACUAGGUACAACAAUAAGACCCACAGGAUCGAUUUAGUGAACUGGGAAAUGAGCCCCAAAGACACGUUUAAAAAGUUUGAUGGCAGCAUGAUCACCUUCAUCGACUACUACAAGGAGCAGUACAACAUCUCCAUAACUGACCUGGGCCAGCCGCUCUUGGUGAGCUUCGGCCGGUGGAAGAAGGGCCAGAACCUGGCAUCCCGUGAGCCUCUUUUCCUGGUCCCUCAGCUGUGUUACCUGACAGGUUUAAAGCAUUGUGUAUCUGGUAACCGUAACCUGAUGGUGACGUUGACUAACAGAAUGAGGUUGAACCCGGAGGACAGAAGGGAAGCACUGAACACAUUUAUAAAUAGCAUCCACACAAAUCCAAGCAUACAAGAUGAGUUCCUGCCAUGGAGUAUGAGGUUUGACAACAACUGUCUGCACGUGACGGGGAGACAUCUGGACCCGGCAACUCUUUUCCAGUGUAAUGAUUCGGUGGUGUGCGUGCUGCCCAACAAUGACAAGAAGAGGUACGAGGAGAUAAAAACCUUCCUGUGCACCCAGAGCCCAACCCCCAGCCAGUGCGUUUUGGCAUCCACCCUGAAGACUACAAAGAAUCUCCAUGCCAUAAUCGCCAAGAUCGCCCAGCAGAUGAACUGCAAGAUGGGAGGGGCUCUCUGGAAGGUGAACACCGGGGUAUGUAGAACAAUGUUCAUUGGAAUCGAUUGUUUCCAUGAUAUCGUGAACCGGCAGAAGUCGAUUGCGGCAUUAGUGGCAAGCACCAAGGAAGACUUAAGCAUGUGGCAUUCCCAGUGUCUCUUCCAAGAUGCAGGACAGGAGAUUGUCAGUGAUCUCUUCAGCUGCCUGCAAGCUGCCCUGGAUUCCUGGGUCACAAAUGAGAAAGAGAAACCACAGACUGUGGUGGUGUAUCGGGAUGGCGUGGGGGAUGGGCAGCUACAGGAACUGCUGAAAGAGGAGGUUCGCCAAAUGACAUAUCUGUCCUCUUUUCAAAGCAUCAAGCUAACGUUCAUCGUGGUGAAGAAACGUAUCAACACCAGAUUUUUUCUUGAGGAGAAACAAGAAAUCAAGAACCCACAUCCUGGGACUGUUGUUGACGAAGUCUUAACCAGGGAGGAGUGGUAUGACUUUUAUAUCAUCAGUCAGCCUUCAAAGAAUGGAACCGUCACACCGACUCAUUAUAAUGUCAUCUAUGACACCAAGGGCCUCACUCCCAACCAGGUCCAGAACUUAACCUACAGACUCUGCCAGAUGUACUACAAUUUGCCGGGUUUCAUCCGGGUUCCUGCUCCAUGCCACUAUGCACACAAGCUGGCUUACUUCGUGGGGAAGGCCAUCCACCGGAAGCCAGCGCAGAAGUUGUCAGACUAUCUCUAUUACCUUUAGCC